GGCGGCUGGGCCCAGCGAGCCUGCGGAGAGAGGUAGGAAGGGGACGCGGCACGCUGGAUCCCGCAGGAUUCUGCCUCGCCGGGCUCCCGGGAAGACCAGGGCCACACUCAGCGGUGCUGGAGCUUCCUUCUGACUCUGUGUUCAGGGAUCACUCCGGGGGGAACUUGGGGCGCCAUACGUGUUGCGGGGGAUUGAACUGGCGCAUGCAAGGCAAGCGCCUUUAACCCCGGCGCUGUCUUUCCUCCAGGCUGAGAUGCAGUUACUCCUGCUCCUGCCCCUACUGCUGGCCCCGGCGCCGGGCUCUGCGGCCCCUAAGGGGAGGCAGCCCAGGGACACUUGGGGCGUCUGGGGUGCCUGGAGCACCUGCAGCCGGACGUGUGGCGUGGGUGUCCGCUUCCGAGAGCGCCCCUGCUACUCCCAGAGGCGAGAUGGGGGCUCCAGCUGCGUGGGCCCUGUCCGGAUCCACCGCACUUGCCACACGGAGAGCUGUCCCGAGGGUGCCCGUGACUUCCGGGCAGUGCAGUGCUCGGAGCUGGAUGCCCAGGAGUUCCAGGGGAGACGCUACACAUGGCUGCCCUACUACGGGGCCCCAAACAAGUGUGAGCUGAACUGCAUCCCACAGGGGGAGAGCUUCUACCACACGCACAGGGAGGCUGUGCUGGACGGGACGCCGUGUGAGCCUGGCCGGCGGGACGUGUGUGUGGAGGGGCAUUGCCGGGCUGUUGGCUGUGACCUUAAUCUGGACUCGUCCGUGCAGGAGGACAAGUGUCUGCAGUGUGGGGGGCACGGCACGACCUGCUACCCCGUCACAGGUGUCUUUGAUGCCAAGGACCUCAGCAGAGGCUACAACCAGAUGCUGGUCAUUCCCGUGGGGGCCACCAGCAUCCGCAUCGAGGAGGUGGCCGCCAGCAGGAACUUCCUGGCGGUGAGGGGAGUCCACGGCGAAUACUACCUCAAUGGGCACUGGACCAUCGAGGCUGCCCGGGCCCUGCCCGUGGCCAGCACCAUCCUGCACUAUGAGCGGGGCACCGAGGGGGACCUGGCCCCGGAGCGGCUCCAUGCGCGAGGCCCCACCUCGGAGCCGCUGGUCAUCGAGAUCAUCAGUCAGGAGCCCAGCCCCGGCAUGCACUACGAGUACCACCUGCCCCUGGGAGCCCCCCAACCCCGCUUCAGCUGGAGCCACGGUUCCUGGGAGCCCUGCAAUGCCCAGUGUGGAGGAGGCCACCAGUCCCGUGCUGUGUUCUGCACCUCGGACAAUGAGGCCUACCCAGACCACAUGUGCCAGCAGCAGACCCGGCCAGCUGGCCGCCGCCCCUGCAGCCUUCAGCCCUGCCCUCAGACCCGACGCUGGGAGACUGGCCCCUGGACACCCUGCUCGGCCUCCUGUGGGGGCGGCUCCCAGUCCCGCUCUGUCUUCUGCGUCUCAUCUGACGGGGCUGGUGGCCAGGAGGCGGCCAGCGAGGCCGAGUGUGCGGGCCUGCCCGAGAAGCCCCCCGCCACGCAGGCUUGCCAGCUGCAGCGCUGCGCAUUCUGGCAUGCAGAGCCCUGGGGAGAGUGCUCUGUGAGCUGUGGCCUUGGGGUGCGGGUGAGACGUGUCACCUGCAGGGCUGAGCAGGGCUCCCUGCUCCAUGCCCCAGCCUGCUCCGCGGACGAGCAGCCGCCCCUCACGGAGGCCUGCGUGCUUGAGGACUGCCCCCACCACAGUGACCAGCCGUGGCUCGUGGGUGCCUGGGGUCUGUGCUCCAAGAGCUGCAACUCAGGUUCCCGGAGGCGCCAGGUCAUCUGUGCCAUUGGCCCCCCCGGCCACUGCCGGAGCCUGCAGCUGUCCAAGCCCGUGGACACCGAGCCCUGUAACACGCAGCCCUGCCACCUGCCCCCAGGGGUCCCCAGUGUGCCAGCUAUGCACUCCAGCCCCAGAGACCCCCGGGUGUCUCUGAGUCCUCGGGCGGCCUCUGUCUCAGACCCCAGAGACCCGUGGUGGGCACCGAGAGAGCGAAUCUCCACUCAGGGCGACCCCGCAGGAGACUGGGGCCCCCACCCGCCGCCCUCUCUGCAGCCGUCCCCCCGACGACAGUCCCCGGGGCCUGGAUCGGGGGCCCAGGACUGCAGGCACAGCCCCCACGGGUGCUGCCCGGAUGGCCACUCGGCCUCCCUGGGGCCGCAGUGGCAAGGCUGCCCCGGGACAUUCUGUGAGCAGAGCAGGUUUGGGUGCUGCCCUGAUGGAGAAUCUGCGGCUGAGGGGCCCCGCCAGGCUGGCUGCCCGCGCUCGGACCAAGGCGUCCCCCGGGGGAGCAGGCCGGGGCCCCGAGCACUGUCUCCUGAGGUGCCCCAGGCCCAGCGGCCCCAGGCCCAGCAGAGCGAGGAGCCCCGUGAGUGCCGCAGCUCCCAGUUCGGCUGCUGCUAUGACAACUCAGCCCCUGCGGCCGGCCCCCAGGGGGAAGGCUGUGUGGGCCAGCCCAGCUAUGCGUACCCGGUGCGGUGCCUGCUGCCCAGCGCCCUCGGCUCCUGCACGCACUGGGCCGCCCGCUGGUACUUCGUGGCCUCCGUGGGCAGAUGCAACCGCUUUUGGUAUGGCGGCUGCCACGGCAAUGCCAACAACUUUGCCACGGAAGAGGAGUGCAUGAGGAGCUGCCAGGGGUCCCAGCAGCCUUCGUCUUCCGGAGAGAUGCCUCGCACCCCGGCCUUGGGGGGAGGGGCCUGGAACCAGGAGCUGGGGCACCGAGGCUCCGGGCAGCCAGCACCCCCUCCCCACGGCUCGUCCCACAGGGUGGACCUGGCUGGUGCAGAGCCAUCUCUGGUGCAAGCGGUUGCAGGCCAGUGGGUGCAUCUCAACUGCCCAGAUGACUCCCCGUCGGACCCCCGUGCAGUGUGGUGGAAAGACGGGCGACCCCUCUCCUCUGAAAGGCACAUGAAGCAGCCCGAUGGCUCCCUCAUCAUCAGCCCGCUGCGGAGGGAGGACACGGGCACCUACAGCUGCGGCCCCGCUGGGCCCGGCAGGGACUCGAGUCUCCAGCUGCGUGUCACAGGGGGUGAUGGGGCAGUGCUGAUUGAAGCUGAGCCCAGGUACCCUCAGACUGGAGACUCCAACCGCGCGGAGAAUUCUGGGGGCCGGAGGGUCAUCUCCUCACACCCCGGGCCCACAACCAGGCUGCGUCUGGACCGGAACCAGCCUGGGGUGGUAGACGCCCACCCGGGAGAGCAGAUCCUCUUGCCCUGCCGUGCCGAGGGUGACCCACCCCCAACCAUCGAGUGGCAGCGGGACGGACAGACCCUGUAUCCCCCCAGAUACCAGCUGCAGCUCGACGGCUCUCUGCUCGUCAGGGACGUGGCGCCGGAGGACGGGGGCUUCUACGCCUGCGUGGCUUCCGACGGGCGCGACCGGGACCAGCGGUGGGUCCAGCUGCGAGUUCUGGGGGAGCUGACCAUCACAGGGCUGCCCUCUGCUCUGACGGUGCCAGAGGGUGACACGGCCAGGCUGCUGUGUGUGGUGGCAGGAGACAGCGCCAACGUCAGGUGGUCUCGCAACGGGCUUCCGGUGAUGGCCGACGGGCAGCGUGUGUACCAGUCUCCGGAUGGCACGCUGCUCAUCCACAACCUGCGGGCCAGGGACGAGGGCUCCUACACGUGCAGCGCCUACCGGGGGAGCCAGGCUGUCAGCCGCAGCACCGAGGUGAAGGUGGUCCCACCAGCUGCCCGGCCCUGGGACUCCAGCAGGGACUGCACUGACCAGCCAGAGCUGGCCAACUGCGGCCUGAUCCUGCAGGCCCAGCUCUGCGGCAAUGAGUAUUACUCCAGCUUCUGCUGCGCCAGCUGUUCCCGAGUCCAGCCCCACGCGCAGCCUGUCUGGCAGCAAGGCUGAAGGCUUGCUCAGCUCCGGCCCCAAACAACGUCUAGGGCCUAGGAGAGAAGGGAAGCCGGACUCUUGGCUACUCUGGCCCUAGCUGGCAGGCACUGGUCCUUUCCUCUUCCCCCACCCCACCCCACCCGAGUGGCUGCUGCAGCCCUGCCAGCUUCCUUGUGUUGCCCCCAGUGGCACCUCCUCUUGGACAAAAGUGCCACACAGAGAUAGCUGUUGAGGUGCCGAGAAGAACAUCUGGACAAGACGUGCCUUUCUUUACAGCCUCUCCCCUCCCCUUGAUUUCUGUCAUGCAGGAUUAGCUCACUGCACUCUACAACAUGCUGUCAGGGUUCUGACUUCAUCUGGGGCAGGGUGGGGAGGUGUGUGCUGGGUUCACACCUAUCUCAUCCUGGGAACGCCCAGUGCUGCUGUGCCAGGGACUUACUCUUUGCUAAACUAGAUGGGCUAAGCUGGGGUCACGCAGGGCCCACUGCACUCGUCUCUUCCUCUCUGGACAGAGCAGCGUCCAGAUGUCUGGACAUCUGCACCAGCGUCCAGCACCUCUCUGGACAUUUCCAAGUCCCAUCUGUGGUUGCAGUUACUGGCAGGCUUGCUCAGCGAAGCGGAAUUGAGACUCGAUGACUUGGGAGAAAGGGUGGCAGUCGCAUUAGGAUCCCAGCAUGAAGCCACUAGACAUGCUCCUCUGCUAGGAGCGGGAGCCCCGGGCCCUCGUGAGGCCGACACACAGCCUGGCUGUGGGGCUUGUCUCAGUGCCGCCAGCUGGUAGGCUCACUUCUGAGUGAGGCGGUGCUUCUCCUCCAGUAAGACUCUGAAGCAAAGUGUCUGCUGCCCAAAGCACUCUGUGACUGAAAACAGCAUUAGCUGGGCUGGGGUGGUCACUGUUAUCACUGAGCCGUGGCCUCAGCAGCGCUGGAAUUGGAGGAACUCAUCCUUCAUUUCCUCAAACCUCACGACUCUUCACUCGGAAACAAUGGGCCGCCAUGCGACAAGCUUCCAAGUUGCUUUCCGCUUCCGCAGAUCCUCUGGAGACUGGCAGGGCUGCACAGCAAAGGUCAUUCUUGGACACAGGCAGGAGAGGGAAUAAAGCUUUGCAACUGUACUCUUAUUACUAACACACUGACUGGAAAAGUGAGAAACAGAACUGUACUUCUUGGUCUCUGUCGCAGUCCAUGAAGGAACACGGUCCAGGGGCUGAGUUCUUUUUCUCUUUCCAUUUAAAAAAUGACUGAGAGCAGCUCCUGGCAUUUACUGAGGCUGCCUUUGUUCCAAGUCCGUUUACUUGGAUCUCCCAGUCCUGUAAUUACACCAGAAUCUAGCCUAUCAGUGACCCACUUCAGAAAGGAAGCUGGCAGGCACUAAGCCAGCUCACUCUUCACAGGUAACCUGAUCUACGGUUAGUGAUGAGGCUGGAGAGAGAGCAAAAUGUGCUGAGCACAUGCCUUGCACGGAGGAGGCCUGGGCACCACAUGGUCCCCAGCACCACCAGAAGCAACACCCAAGCACUUGCUCGGUACAGUUCCCCUAAGAGAACUGAGUAACACUUGCUUAAAUCAAUGGUUCUUGGCCCUUUUCUGCACUGGGAGCUUUUUUUUUUUUUUUUUUUUUAAACUGAACUGGUGUCCACAGAGAUUUGGAUUGAUUAGAGUGUGGGCCAGACACAGAUACGUAUUUACUAGGGAUGGAUCCAUGGCUGAGAGCCAUCACUUCACAGACCGAUUUCUCAGGAAGUGAAUUCCAAGUGACUUAGCAGGGCUAGGGCUGGGCAGAGAGAGCGACUCUGUGCUUGGCCCCUAGGUGGAGUCCACACCCACUCGGAGCAGCAAGAACAUGACAUUAGAGACACGCUCAGGAUCAGUGGAAGCCUGAAGUAUACAUAUUAGAGAACAGAGGCAGCAGGAUCAGAAUGGAGGGAAACCAAAAGAACUACACAUAAACUCAUUUUGCUAAUAAAGGGGAAAAACAGUUCUUCAUAGCUAAAGGCUUCUACCACGAACAUUUAUUUUUGUUAAAGCAGAUUAUAAAUUCUCAUCAGUACAAAUAUAUAUAUAUAUAUAUAUAACUUACAUUUGAUUGUAAGGCCAACGUUCAAAAGUGAAAAUGAGAUGGGUUUGCACGUUGCUACCAGAGGUCAAGUGGCUGCAACUGGCCACGGGACAUUGCUCCCUGGGAGGGGGAGUAGAAACGGACACACACACACACACACACACACACACACACACACACACACACACA